AUGCACAUUUUCAACCCGACAUUCGCGACAAACGGGCUGAAAGGCGUCCUGGGGAAGUACGCUCAGGCAGCGCAGUUCCUCGCCGGAAUCGGGCUCAACCCAAGCACGCACCCCGCGAGCGGCUACGCGCCCUUCAACCCGACUGCACCCAACGCGACCAAUGCUCCCUUCCUCAUACUCACCAACACCACGGCCCUCUCCGCCGACACAAGCGAAGACACCGCAACGGGGAUCCUCGAGCUCCCGGGUACGGCGGAGCUGCCGCUGACGGACUACGUCACCGACGGGCUCGACGUGUUGUACUACGGGUCGCUCACAUUCGGCUCGGGCGCGCAGCCGCUGACGGUCGACAUCGACACCGGUUCGGCGGAUUUGUGGGUCCCCGUCGAGUGCCGCACCUGCGCGGGCGAGCAAUUCCGCGAAUGGGAGAGCAACUCAUACCAAAGUCUCGGGCGGAGGUUCUCUGUCACAUACGGCGAAGGCCGCGUUUCCGGCACGCUCGUGCAGGACAGGGUUGCGGCGGGCGGUCUCGUCGUCCCUACGCAAGCGUUCCUCGCGGUGAGCAGCGAAUCAUACGACUUCGCGGACGAGCCGAGUGCCGGGCUGCUUGGACUCGCGUUCGGAAGCAUCGCACGGUCGAAGAGGCCGACGCUCUUCGAGAACCUCUUGAGCGAUAAACAAAUCCCUGUGGGUGCUUUUGCGGUCCAUCUGGAGCGCGGGCAGGCGAGUGGGUCUGAGGUUUGCUUUGGAUGCUACGACGCGACCAAGACGACGGGCACGGUACGCUGGAAUCCAUUGAUCUCGCAGACAUACUGGUCAAUUCUGAUGGACGGUGUCUCUCCAAUCUCGGGCCAGUCCAUCUCGACAAACCUCACGGCAGCCAUCGAUACCGGCACGUCGCUGAUCUACGUCCCAGACGACGUAGCAGACCAAUUCUACGCGCUGAUCCCCGGCUCGCAAUCCACCACGGAAUUCGGCGCAGGGUUCUACACCUUCCCCUGCGCGUCCGCGCUCGACAUCUCCCUCUCCUUCAGCGGGAACUCCUUCUCUGUGAACAUGCUCGACUUCAACUUGGGGCGGACGACCGCCGGGUCCCCGGACUGUGUCGGCGGCAUCCUGGCGCUGGGCAGCGACUUCCCCUCGGACCUCGCGAUUGUCGGCGACGAGUUCCUGAAGUCCUGGUACUCGGUCUUCGAUUACGCGGGGCUGCGCGUCGGGUUCGCGCCGAGCAUCAACAACAAAUGA